GCAUUUCAGUCUACGUUGGACUUUGGCGCGCGUCGCACACGCUGCGUAUACGUAACGCAGUAACAGCAGUAAUUCAUUGAAUCCCAUUCAAGGGUUAAUCAGUCGGCACUUGCCCAUUCUGAAUCUCUCAACUGACUGUGAAUGUGAAUGUGAUAAGUGUGAGUGCGUCUACAGAUUUUUGCACUUUUCGAUCGUUUGCUGCGUAGCCUCCUCUCUUCGAUUUUUUGCGCGUGAGUGCAAAGAGUGUCGUGAAUGAGAGUGUGAGUGUAUGUGUGAGUGCUUGCUAUAGGUAUUCGAAUUUGAAUUUUGUGCGCAACAUUGCAAAUGUAACGGUAUUUUUGAAAUCGAUUGCAAGUUCUAUGAAAUGUUCGAGCAAAAGUGAAAAACAAAAACUACAAAGUAAAUUAUUUUAUUAACUUAAAUUACAAAAGAAAUCCAGUGAAAAAUAGAAAGUUAAAAAACAUUAACAUUACGUUAUAGGACAAAAGGAGGCCACAAAAAAAGGAGCAAUUGCGCGUGUAGGCGACCAAAUUGCUGCCAACAUAAAUAAAAGGCGGUUGGGCGUAAGGAUUUGCAAGACAGCAAAAGGCACAAAAAAGAAACAAACAAAAAAAAACACAAAAAAGGAAGGAAAAGGAAAAUCAAUAAUAGACACAUGUAAGAGGAUACGCUCGCCAUUGACCAUUGGACGACACAAUAUGGCCGCUAAUACCAACACCAGCCCAACAACAACCACAACAAUAACGAAUCGGACGGGGCAGUCAACUUUGCCAUUGUUAUUACUGUUAUUGCACGAAAGUUGCUAAGCUCAGAUCACGACGAGAGACACGACAUGUCGGAUAGAUACGCCGCCAGCUACUACGAGCAACUGCAUCAUCCGGCUCAAGCGCAAGCGCAAGCAGCCAUGUCACACUAUGCUCCGCCGGGCUAUCGCAAUGCUCCCUACGCUCCCGUCGGCAGCUACAACAGCAGUCCCUAUGGCUAUGGCUAUGCUGCAGGCGGCAGUGCCUCUUAUAUGCCCAACUAUUAUCGCUAUGCGCCCUACGCUUCCCCACACUACAGUCAGCCACCGCAUUCGCAUCCGCUUCACCAGCAACCGCAUCAGCAACCGUCUCAUCAUCAUCCGGGCAUGUUUACGCCAGCUGGCCAGCAGCUGAUACCCUCCAGCGUGCUGCACUAUCCACCGCGUUCCCAUCCGCAGCCACAGCAGCAUCAACAUCCUCACCACCUUCAGCAAUCGCUGCCACAUCAUGCCUAUCAACAGCCAGCAAGCAACAGCAGCUAUGAGCAGCCGCCGCCUGCUUUGUACAGUGCUUCCUCCUACGGACAGUCACGUGGCUUUACCGCCUAUCAGAGCUCAAGCACACACUAUGCGCCGCCUGGACGAUCCACAACGCCGGCACCGAAUCGCACCGUCUUGCCGCCAAAUUAUCUCGAGCCAAUGCGCAACAGUUUCACGGAUCAGCAGCCGCAGCAGCAGCAACAGUUGCCGAAGGUGGAGGAAACGCUGCCUGAGCUGAAGCUAGAGCACGAAGCGGAAGCGGCGUCGCCCACGCAACGCUUGACCACAUCGCCGCCGUUGAUAAGUGCCACUGGCACCGACAGCGGCAUCAGCAAUUGCAGCACACGUGCUCGCAGCGACAGCAGCCAAAGCACGCCCGUCUACAGCGGCGAGUAUCCUGUCAACAUGUCCGUGGAGUCCGCUUCCUGUGUCUCCUAUCAUUGUCCCGCCGAUGGCAGAGACUACGACGAAGAGCAGCAACAACAGCAACAACAACAGCAACAGCAACAACACCAGCAGCAGCAGCAGCAACCUCAACAACAGCAGGAGACGGAGGAGCCGAAGCCAGGCAGCGUAUCAUCAUCAUCCGAUGACAUAAGCGCGACGGCAGCGACGUCGACGUCGCCUACGAGCAAUGUGAAUGAUAUUGAUAAGGCGGCAGCAACAGCAACAGCAGAGGCAGCUGAAGCAGCAGCAGCAACCACGAUUGAAGCAGAGGCGACGACGGCAACAGACGAGGCGCAGUCGGAAGUUGUGAGGCGUGCGGAAAUCAAUUUGGCGAAGCCCAACAAGGAGGCAACGCCAACGCCAACGACGGCGACAAAAUUACCGCCACAGGAUAUUGUCGAGCAACAACAACAACAACAGCAGCCAGCGACUAAUCAAAUAAACGAGGAUGCAGCUGAGCAUGGGCAACAGCAGCAGCAGCAGGCGUCAUCAACAGCCACAUCGCACAAUUGGAGUCCAACGCCGCGGAGACCGCGCACUCCGCCCGCGCCUCAGAAUUCGCCAGUUGGCUUUGGUCUAUCCGCGUCAUCAGCGCCGCCCACUGUGCCACCUGCCUUGGCGCCACUGUUGCAACUACAACAGCAGCAGCAGCAACAUCAUCUUCAUCAACCACAGCAGCAGCAUCUCAGCGGCAACAGCAAACGACAUGCCAAAAAUCGCCACAGCAGCAAUUGCAACAACAACAGCAACAACAGUGGCAACAAUCGUAUCAUUGAAUGCGAUCUCAUACCGAGCAAGAAAUCAAAACGCAAAUCGAGCAAAAAGGAGGCUGAUGCGGACCAUGUGGAUGCCACAGAAUCCACAGUGCGCGAACAAAUAAGGGACAUUAAGCCGUUGCCUGGCUUCCUGCAGGCAUUUGGUUCCACCGAAAUCGGACGCUUCUCGGAGCGUUUUCUACAGACACCCGAGAGUCUCGUCGAGCGUCUGGUCGAGGAGUAUGCCCACAGCAAUGGCGGAUAUGCGACUUCCAACGGUUACUACGAUGCACCAAUGAAUGGAGCAGCUGCAACUGGAGUUGGAGUUGGUGGCAUGCAUGGCUAUUGGCCAUAUGAGGAGCAGCACAACAUGGCCUACCAGCAGAGUCAGCAGUUUGCACGCAAUCGAAUGCGUGGUCAGGGUUAUCCAUAUCCGGACUAUGCGGCGUAUGAGCGAUAUGGCUAUGCGGCCUACAGUGCAAACAGAUCGCGUUACGGCGAAAUACGUUGCAAUGGCUAUUAAAGAAGUAGAGUAGAGUUGGCCUGUAAUGAAGGAUAUUUACAGGCAUAUAUUACAUUAUAAUAACAUCGUACAAUACUAAAAAUAUGUAUUGUAUAUUGUUUGGUGUCCUUGUCGUUUGUCAUUUGGAAAUUCUCUCUGUGUGUGCCUUUUUCGGUCAAAAUUCGGCAAUGCUCACCAGAUGUUUGUUAAGUAUUUUAUGGGGCAUUGCUGUCAUUGAUUGCGUUCAAAAUUUAAUAAAACCAAAAAUACAGAAAACCAGGCCAAAAUGUAAAAUAAUCGUAAGUCUUAAGUAGUUGAAUGUUUUAAAACCGAAAUUGAGAAGAAGUUUUAAAAGCUGAAAACAUAAUUGUAUGCUGAUGUUGAAACUUUUGUCCCACUGUACAUACUCGUAGAGCAAUGCAUUUUUUCGUGUAGUAAGUCGAAAAGAGUCUACCAAACCAAAGAAAGAAAAAUUUUGAGCCAAGUUUGAACCAAGAGUCGCGAGUAUUUUUAAACCAAUUAUUGAACAGAAGAUCUCUGGCGAAUUUGUUUCUAAUCUUAAGUAGACACACCAUUCUUGUCGCAUUCUCGAUAUCUCUUUGAAAUCUAUAUAUAUUGUAUGAUGUACUUACUUCAACCAUAUAUGUAUUGUAUGUAAAAAUGUAGCCCAAAGAAGAGAUCUAUAAAUUAUAAUUAGCAAAAAAGAUGUGCCAUUGAAAAUAACUUUUAAUUCAAGAACACAGUUUAUAAGGUUUACGAUUUAGUUAUAUAUAUACAUAUACCAUAUACAACAACAAAUACUAAACGUACGUGUAUGUGUCAUUUCGAUUCGAUUACCAAAAUAGUUAAAGCAAAGCACUAAGUUUUACGAGUACGUGUAAGCCUACAAAUAUAUAUAUAUCUAUAUAUAGAGAUAUAUUUUAUGUAUUGUAUUGUAUUUUAGAUUACAUACACUAACAAAAAACCACCGCACUAAUUUGUACUUGUCCAAAAAUGUAUUUCUAACAAUUUAUUCGUUUACUAUUCACGUACUUUUUUAAAUUCAUUUUUUCGAUUUCGAUUUAAGUGCCUUAAUUUAGUUUCAUUUUCUGAUGCAAUACAAACUAAUAAAAAACCAAAAACGAAAAUAUAAAAAUACAAUUUUAAAUAUAAAUUAUCAUUUACAUUGUAUAACAACCAGUUCAGGUUUCAAAUGGGCCCAAAAAAUUCACAAAUCAAAGUAAAAAAUAAUAUUUAAAAAACCCAAACACAUCGAGCAACAUUCAAAAAUGUUUUUUAGUCAAAACCAAAUUAAUUAGUUGUUAAAUAAUAAAAUACUCACCAACAAAAAAAAAGAAGAAAACGAAAAACCUUGUAGUGUUGACAUUUUAUGAUAAAUAAUUUCCAAGUUACGACAAAACAAACAAAAUGAAAUAAAUCUAAAUGUAGCUUACGUUUAAGUUCAUGUGUAAAUAACAAAAUAAUAAUAAUAAAAAAAAAAAACAAUAUUUGAACGUUUAAAUUUUAUGGAUCAACAAAAAUAAAAGACACAGAAAACAGAAAAUCAAAAUAGCAAAAAUGUUAAUAAACAAAUUGCGUUUGGCCUUUUCAUUUUCGAAAAUAAAACCCAGAAAAUGGUGUUUAUA